AUUUUUAAAGUGUUUUGAAAAAAAAAAAAUAAAUAAAAAAUAUUAAUGUUUUUUUAUUUAAAAAAAAUUAAUAUAUCAAGAAAAUUUGAAAAUAAGCAUUUUUUUAUAAAAACGUUAAAUAGUAUCUUGUUUUUUCGGCAAAAAGGUAUCGGCACUUUAAAAUGUGGAUAUGAGAAGACUCCUUCAUAUUUCAUUACUUUUACAUGUCAGAGAUGCUUAAGUAGAACAACACAUAGGAUGACAAAACAGGCUUAUCACAAUGGUACUGUGAUUAUUCAAUGUCCUCGUUGCAAAAAUCGUCAUUUGAUUUCUGAUCAUCUUAAGAUAUUUUCCGAUAAGAAUAUUACUAUUGAAGAUAUUAUGAAAGAAAAAGGUGAAAAAGUUUGCAAAUAUUAUGGGGAAUUUGCAAAUAAUCAGGUUGUGGAAUCUGUAGAUAAGGAUAUUAAGUUGCUUUUAGAACGACCAAAAAAUGAAUAGUAACUUAGUUUAUAG